AUGGCAUCCUCAUCUACAGGUAUGUAUGUAUCUGUAGAUUUUCAUUACAAUGGAUUCUUUUCGCCAAACCCAUUGGUGUACUUAGACCCCGUAAAAACAAAUGUACGUGAUGUGGAUUUUGGGGGAUUUACGUAUAAAGAGUUUCUUUUGUGGCUUACGAAAUUAACAAAUGGAGAAUGUGAUAAUGUCUACUACUGUAUGAGAAAGGAAAGCUUGUGUGAGGGUAUUAGAAGAAUCGACAGUGAUGCUGAUUAUUGGGAGUUUGUGGAGACUGUUUAUAGUCUGGAGAGUGAUAGUCUUGAGAGUGAGUUAGAUGUGUACAUUGACCACCGAAAUGAACCAAUUCUUGAUUGGGCUGAUAACGAGUUCUUAGAAGAUGGUAAAGGGUAUGAGUUGGAUGAGUUGGAUGAAGAGGAUGACAAGGAUUCUGAAGUUUCAAUGAAAAUGGAAUAUGAACAUGAAUGGGAUGAUGAAGAUGAACAUACUUUUGAUAAAACUGUUAGAGACCCAUUCUUGGACAAACUUUCAGGGCAUAUUAGUGAUGAUGAUGAAGAGGAAGCAAACAAUGGGAAACUUAAGGAUGUUGUGUUCCCUGUCCAUAAUGAGAAUCAAGAAUGGGAGCAAAUGGUGCCAGUUUUGGGUAUGAAGUUUUCUAAUCCAUUGGAAUUGAAGUUGUGUAUCACCAACUAUGCAGUCAAAAAUGGAUAUGAUUUAUGUAUGAGAAAAGUGAUCAUGAAAGGUAGAGAUGCAAAUAACCAUAUAUAUCCCAUUGCUUGGGCUGUUGUAUCAGUGGAAAGUAAAGAAACAUGGAAGUGGUUUAUUAACCUUCUAAUUGAGGACCUUGGAAUGGGAGUUGGGCAUGGACUAACCUUGAUAUCAGACCAACACAAAGGAUUACUUGAGGCUGUGAAGGAAAGGGUCCCAGCAGCAGAGCAUAGGCAAUGUGCUAGGCACAUAUGUGCUAACAUCCUGAAAAGGUUUAAGGGCCAAGUGUUUAGAAAGCUUUUCUGGUAUGCUGCUGCAGCUACUACCCCUGCAAAAUUUGAACAACACAUGAAUGAAAUCAAGAAAUUAGAGCCACUAGCUUAUGACCAUUUGAUGGAAAGGGACCCUAAAACUUGGAGUAAAGCAUUUUUUCAGACUGAUAGGGCUUAUGAUGCAUAUGAAAAUGGUAUCUCUGAGAGUUUCAACUCUGUGAUUGAAGUUGCUAGGAAGAGACCACUAAUCACCAUGUUAGAAGAAAUUCGAAUUUAUGUGAUGGAGAGGCUUUAUAGAUAG